AUGACUUGUCAAAAAUUCUGUGUGGCUUUGUUACAUUGGGAAUUCAUUUAUUUGACAACUGCAUUUAACUUGGCAUAUCCAAUUACUCCCUGGAGAUUUAAGUUGUCUUGCAUGCCACCAAAUACAACCUAUGACUUCCUUUUGCCUGCUGGAAUCUCAAGGAACACUUCCAAUUUGAAUGAACAUUAUGAGGCAGUUGUUGAAGCUAAAUUAAAUUCAAGUAGUACCUACAUUUCUAAUUUAUCUUCCAAAACAACUUUCCACUGUUGCUUUUGGAGCAAGGAAGAUAAAAACUGUUCUGUCCAUGCAGACAACAUGGAAGGGAAGGCAUUUGUUUCAACAGUGAAUUCUUUAGUUUUUCAACAAAUAGGUGCAAACUGGAACAUACAGUGCUGGAUGAAAGAGGACUUGAAAUUAUUCAUCUGUUAUAUGGAGUCAUUAUUUAAGAAUCCUUUCAAGACCUAUGACCUUAAGGUCCAUCUUUUAUAUGUUUUGCCUGAAGUUUUAGAAGAGUCACCUCCAGUCCCCCAGAAGGGAAGUUUUCAGAUUGUUCCAUGCAACUGCAGUGUUCAUGACAGCUGUGAAUGCCAUGUGCCUGUGCCAACAGCCAAACUCAACCACACUCUUCUUAUGUAUUUGAAAAUCACGUUGGGUGGAAUAAAUUUUCAGUCACCUCUAAUGUCAGUUAAGCCCAUAAAUGUUGUGAAGCCUGAUCCACCAUUAGGUUUGCAUAUGGAGAUCACAGAUACGGGCAAUUUAAAGAUUUCUUGGUCCAGCCCAACAUUAGUACCAUUUCAACUUCAAUAUCAAGUGAGAUAUUCAGAGAAUUCUUCAACAAAUGUGAGAAAAGCUAAUGAAAUUGUCUCAGCUACAUCUCUGCUAAUAGACAGUGUGCUUCCUGGGUCUUCAUACGAAGUUCAAGUGAGAGGCAAGAAACUGGAUGGCCCAGGAAUCUGGGGUGACUGGAGCACCCCUCUUAUCUUUAUCACACAAGAUGUCAUAUACUUUCCACCUAAAAUUCUGACAAGUGUCGGGUCUAAUGUUUCUUUUCACUGCAUUUAUAAAAGUGAAAACAAGAUUGUUUCCUCAAAAAAGAUUGUUUGGUGGCUGAAUUUAGCUGAGAAAAUUCCUCAAAGCCAGUAUAACAUGGUGGGUGACCGUGUUAGCAAAGUUACUUUUCCAAAUCUGAAUGCUACCAAGCCUCGAGGGAAGUUCACCUAUGAUGCAGUGUACUGCUGCAAGGAGCAGGAAUGCCACCAUCGCUAUGCUGAAUUAUACGUGAUUGAUGUCAAUAUCAAUAUAUCAUGUGAAACUGAUGGGUACUUAACUAAAAUGACUUGCAGAUGGUCAACCAAUGCAAUCCAAUCACUCGAGGGAAGUACUUUGCAGUUGAGGUAUCAUAGGAGCAGCCUUUACUGUUCUGAUGUUCCAUCUAUUCAUCCCAUAUCUGAACCCAAAGAUUGCCAUUUGCGGAGGGAUGGUUUUUAUGAAUGCAUAUUUCAGCCAAUCUUUCUAUUAUCCGGCUAUACAAUGUGGAUUAAAAUCAAUCACUCUUUGGGUUCACUUGACUCUUCACCAACGUGUGUGGUUCCUGAUUCCGUGGUGAAACCGCUGCCUCCAUCCAGUGUGAAAGCAGAAAUUACUGUAAAAAUUGGAUUAUUGAAAAUAUCUUGGGAAAAGCCAGUCUUUCCAGAGAAUAAUCUUAAGUUCCAGAUUCGCUACGGCUUAAAUGGAAAAGAAGUACAGUGGAAGAUGUAUGAGGUGUAUGAUGCAAAAUCGAAAUCUGCCAGUGUCCCGGUGCCAGAGCUGUGUGCAGUCUAUGCUGUUCAGGUGCGCUGUAAGAGGCUGGAUGGGCUGGGAUAUUGGAGUAAUUGGAGUAGUCCAGCCUACACAGUCAUCAUGGAUAUAAAAGUUCCUACCAGAGGACCUGAAUUUUGGAGAAUGAUUGAUGAAGAUACCUCCCGAAAAGAGAGAAAUGUUACUUUACUUUGGAAGCCUCUGAUGAAAAAUGACUCAUUGUGCAGUGUGAGAAAAUAUGUGGUAAAACAUCAUACUUCCCGCAAUGGAACAUGGUCAGAAGAUGUCGGAAAUCACACUAAAUUCACUUUCCUGUGGACAGAGCAAGCACAUUCUGUUACAGUUCUGGCUGUCAAUUCAAUUGGUGCUUCUUCUGUGAAUUUUAAUUUAACAUUCUCAUGGCCUAUGAGCAAAGUAAAUACUGUGCAGUCACUCAGUGCAUAUCCUUUAAACAGCACUUGUGUGCUUCUUUCCUGGACGCUAACACCCAGUGACUACUAUCUGACGUAUUUUAUUACUGAGUGGAAAAUUCUUAAUGAAGACAGUGAAAUCAAAUGGCUUAGGAUCCCUCCAUCUGUGAAAAAGUAUUAUAUCCACGAUCAUUUUAUCCCCAUUGAGAAGUAUCAGUUCAGUCUUUACCCAGUAUUUAUGGAAGGAGUAGGGAAACCGAAGACAAUUAAUAGUUUUACCCAAGAUGAUAUUGAAAAACACCAGAAUGAUGCAGGUCUAUAUGUAAUUUUGCUGAUAAUUAUUUCCUCUUCAAUCUUACUGCUUGGAACGUUGUUAAUAUCACACCAAAGAAUGAAAAAGCUGUUUUGGGAAGAUGUUCCAAACCCCAAGAACUGCUCCUGGGCACAAGGACUUAAUUUUCAGAAGCCAGAAACAUUUGAGCAUCUUUUUAUCAAGCAUACAGAAUCAGUGAUAUUUGGUCCUCUUCUUUUGGAACCUGAAACCAUUUCAGAAGAUAUCAGUGUUGACACAUCAUGGAAGAAUAAAGAUGAGAUGGUGCCAACAACUAUGGUCUCUCUGCUUUUGACAACUCCGGAUCUUGAAAAGGGUUCUAUUUGUAUCCGUGAUCAGCACAACAGUGCUAACUUCUCUGAGCUGGAGAGCACCGUGGUAACCCGUGAGGAUGAGGGCAGGAGGCAGCCCUCUGUUAGAUAUGCCACCCUCCUCACCAGCUCUAAAUCAAGUGAAAUUGAGGAAGAGCAAGGGCUUAUAAACAGCUCAGUCAGCAAAUGCUUCUCUAGCAAAAAUUCUCUACCAAAGGGUUCUUUUUCUAACAGCUCAUGGGAGAUAGAAACUCAGGCAUUUUUUAUAUUAUCAGAUCAGCAUCCCAAUAUAAUUUUGCCACACCUUCCAUUCUCAGAAGGAUUGGAUGACCUUUUGAAACUUGAGGGAAAUUUUCCUGAAGAAAAUAAUGGUGAAAGGUCUGUCUAUUAUUUAGGGGUCACCUCAAUCAAAAAAAGAGAGAGUGGUGUGUUUUUGACUGACGAGUCCCAAGUGUUGUGUCCGUUCCCAGCCCACUGUUUAUUCACUGACAUCAGAAUCCUCCAGGAUAGUUGCUCACACCUUGUAGAAAAUAACUUCAAUUUAGGAACUUCUGGUCAGAAGACUUUUGUACCUUAUAUGCCUCAAUUUCAGAUUUGUUCCACUCAGACUCAGAAGAUAAUGGAAACCAAAAUGUGUGACCUAACUGUCUAA